UCAUAGCAGCACUUCCUCCAUUUCCUGUUGUGGAGUGGGAGCUGCACGGAGGAUUCCUGUGGUCCAGAAUGUGAAUUUAAUACUACUGUGUGCAUGGAUGACUUUAUUUGUUCUCCCCAGAGGUGCUGCUGCGUCACGGAGCCUCAUGCCAUGAGCCUCGGGGAUGACAGGCAUCGGCUGCUGCACCUGAUGUCAUGACGCGUCUGUGGAUAUUCCCUUGACAACCGCGGAUCGGAUACCAAUAUUCAGGAGCCAUCAUGCCCAUAACACUUCUGUGGGCCGUGGACGUGUACGGCAGAGUGUACAGCCUUUCUACAGCCGGCCAGCGCUGGGAACGUGCUGAUGACUCGCUGCUAGAGCUCAAACGUGUCUCUGCAGGGAAGGGGCGCUGCUGGGGCAUCGGCUGUGACCACCAUGUUUACCUCAACAUGAUGCCCAGUGAGACCCCGAUCCGCUACCGGGAGGAGACCUAUGAAAACCAGAGGUGGAACCCAGUGGAUGGCUUUACUGACACACUGCUGCCCACCGACCGCUGGCCGUGGAGCGAUGUGACCGGAAUGAAUCCCCAGCCGCUCCACAGUUUCCAGCUGCCCUCCCGCAGCUGGGAGUGGGAGGGAGACUGGUAUGUGGAUCACACCUGUGGAGGAGAACCCAGCCAGACUGGGGGCUGGGAGUAUGCUGUUGACUUCCCAGCCAACUUCUCCCCAGACAAAAAGUGGAAUUCUUGUGUUCGUCGUAGACGUUGGAUCCGCUACAGAAGAUACAUAGCACAAGGCACUUGGGCAAAGAUCCCCUUGGACAAUCCCAGGAAACCUCCACUGCCGCUCUGUGACAUCAGCUGUGGUGGCUGGGAGAUGAGCGACCAGUCUGGAAGGUAUCCCUACCUCUGGAGUGUAUCUCAACAGGGACAGGUGUGGUUCAGAGAGGGUAUCCACCCUCGUGUGCCAGAAGGCACCAGCUGGGAAGAAGUUGAAGUGCCCAAGGAGGUGGCUCAGAUAUCAGCUGGUCCUGGAGACCUGCUGUGGGCUUUACUCUGGGAUGGGAACCUGCUGGCACGAACUGGCCUGAGCCUGGACAGUCCCACUGGCACGUCGUGGCUCGAGGUGGAAUCACCGGGAAAGGAAAUUGAAGCGCUUCACGUGGCUGUAGGAGUCAGUGUGGUCUGGGUGGUCACUAAGGACUACAAGGUGUGGUUCAGGCGUGGCGUGAACUCCCACAACCCCUGUGGCUCUGGCUGGAUCAGCAUCGGAGGGGAGAUGAUGAUGGUGGACGUAGGACUGAAUGACCAGGUGUGGGCGGUUGGUGAGGACCGCGGCCUGUAUUUUAGAAUAGGUGUCACCCCAUCUGAACCAAGUGGAAAUGGCUGGAUCCCUGUUUCUGCCAAAUGGGGCAAUAGUAAAGAGGUUAUCCCCCCCAGGGAUGACUGUGAGUUCAACGGGCAGUUGACUGAGGCAUCACAGGGCUCCGUUCUGAGCUGCACUGAUUCAGACUCAGAGUUGGGUCCUGCCGACCCUCAAAACAGCACUUCUAACACCCCCGUCUUAGAGGCAGAAGCGCCCUCUGUAGUCCCCUUAGGGGGCUCUGACUCACCUACGCCUCCACAGGAAAAAGAAGAUGCUCCUUUAGCCCCCCAAACGAAUGCCCCCAAGCCUUUUAUUCCUGCCAGUGACAGCUUCAUCAACAGCCUGGUGUCCGAUCGUGACAGAACCUCCACGCUGCAACCGUCCAUCACAGAGAUGCCGCAGGAAGAGCGUGAGGAGCCACCUCCGGCCCCAGUACUCCAAACCCCUGAUGCCGGAGGGCACGAUGUCCCCUGGAUGAACGUGGACCUGGAGGGGGCAGAGGCGGCUCGAGGUGCACAAGCGGCAGGGCCCUCAGCGGGCGAUGGCAGUGCGGCUGCCACUUAUGCCCUGGGGACUCUGGAGAGCUCUCGGGGAGUGGGGGAAGAGGAAGGACCAGUGUGGGCUUGGAUUUCCGGUGGAGGUUGCGACGUGGAUGCGAGUUCACAGAUUAGCUGGCUUAGUCCUGCAGGUCCUCUCACCACCUCUCUGUCACUGACUCCAGUCCAGUCAGCCGCCUGGAGCAAACAGCCACAGCAGCAGGAACACAGAGAGGAGAUCAGCAAGAAACCGCUGGAGAGAAGCAACUCGGUGUGGGUGCGUAAGGGCACACUGCGCUGGUGGAGAGACUGGAAACCUCAGCGCUGGAUUGAUGUGGCCGUUGCUCUCGAGCAGUCCACCAAGUCAGAUGGCAGAAAGGACAGCAUUUUCUUUGUUUACUACACACAGUAUGAUGAAAAGAAGUACCUUCAUGUGUUUAUAAAUGAAGUGACGGCGCUGGUUCCGGUGCUCAGGGACUGCCACUAUGCCUUUGCUGUGUACACAGCCGAAAGGACCAAACAGAGGUGGCCUCUGGUCCUGGCAGCACAAAGCGAAAAGGAUAUGAGUGAUUGGUUGUGCCUGUUGUCUGACUGUUGCUGUGAGUGUCGAGGGAUCACAGGUCCCCCCUCCAGACAGGCCCUGUGGUCCACCACAUCAAAGGGAGACAUCAUGGUCCACGAGCCAUCCCUCUCGCUGGAGGCCCCUGCGCAUGCCAUGGCCUGUGACCUCAUGUUUUGGCGCCAGAUCCACGGCCACCUGCGCUGUGUAGAGUCUAACAGUCUGGGGCUGGUGUGGGGCAUCGGGUGGGACGGCACCGCCUGGGUCUACAGUGGGCGCUGUGAGCAACAGCCCAACCCGGGAGGUGCCGUUCAGAUGCACCAGCAGACCGACGUCAGGAGUGUGCAUGUGUAUGAGAAUCAAAGAUGGAACCCUAUGACUGGAUAUACAGACAAAGGGCUUCCUACAGACCGCCCUAUGUGGAGCGAUGAAAGCGGCCUGAAGGAGUGCAUCAAAGGCAGCACAUACCCGCCCUCCCCUCAGUGGUCCUGGGUGUCAGAGUGGGCCGUGGACUACAGCGUCCCCGGAGGAACGGACAAAGAAGGCUGGCAGUACGCUGCAGACUUUCCCACGAUGUUUCAUGGACACAAAACGAUUAAAGACUUUGUUAGACGCAGAAGAUGGACUAGAAAGUGUAAGAUCACAUUGCAAGCUCCAUGGAAGCAGGUCCCACCCAUCCGCCUGAGUGACAUCUCACUGAUGCCAUGCCUGGCCCAGAGCAAAAUGGAGCAGGUCCCUGUCUGGGCCCUCAGUGACAAGGGAGAUGUCCUGUGUCGGUUGGGAGUCAGCCUCCAAAACCCUGCGGGCAGUUCGUGGCUCCAUGUGGGCACCGACCAGCCCUUUAAGUCCAUCUCUAUCGGUGGAGCCAAUCAGGUAUGGGCCAUUGCCAAGGAUGGAGCUGUCUUCUACAGAGGAUCAGUAUCCCCACAAAACCCUGCAGGAGAGUGCUGGUACCACAUCCCCUCCCCCCUGAGACAGACCCUCAGACAGCUCUCUGUUGGGCGGACCUCUGUCUUUGCUGUGGAUGAAAACAGUAACCUGUGGUACAGACAGGGCCUCACGCCCAGCUACCCACAGGGCUCCGCCUGGGAGCUCAUCUCCAACAAUGUCACCAAGGUUUCUGUGGGGCCGCUGGACCAGGUGUGGAUCAUAGCAGAUGGAGUUCCAGGUUUCCCUGCCGAGACUCCCGGAGCCGUCUGCCACAGGACGAGUGUGGGACCCAUGCAGCCCAAGGGCCUGUCCUGGGACUAUGGGAUAGGGGGAGGAUGGGAGCACAUCAGUGUGAGGGGGAACUCCGCAGAGGCUCCUCGAGGCCCUCACCCUCCUCUCGCCGGCCCAUCGCGCAGCCCGAUCCACCCGCAGCGCCCGACUCAAGCGAACGGCAGCGCCACAAGCGUGUAGCUCUCUUUCUCUCUCCCGUUUCCUUCUCGUCCUUUUUCCUCAGCCCUGUUUGUGCCUGGAUCUAUACAUAGUAUCUCUCCUCAGACCAUUUCAAUGAACUCCUAUCCCUUGGUAUAAAGGGACAUGCACAAUCACACCCAUGGGUUUGGACUGGCUGGAUUUGAAACUUGAUCGAUGGAUGAAUGUUACUCGCUGGCUUGUUUCCCAGGCAGAAAUCAUGUCAGUAUUCAGUGAUGACAAAACAGAGAAAAAAGUGAGCGCAUGUUGUUGCUCUUACUAAGCUUUGGCUACUGGAUGUCACAGGAUCUAGCAAUAGCUUUUAAUUCUUCUCCACAGCAGCCUGAUAAAACCUAAGAAGGUGGGAUACGAUGAAGGGCUAAGGCUUGGUUACCAAAUGAACUUCAAACAAUCCCAGAGUAGCCUAAGCUGUUAUCGGUUUGUAGACUCUUGUUCUGUUUGUUUUUGUGUUUUGAGUUGCCUGUCAUGUACAUUUGCAUGUAUUAUCAUUUAUUUAUGAUGCGUUUGUUGAGUUGUGUUUCUCCAUUUAUUUUGGACCAUUACAUGUUUGCAAUGGAGUGUAUUUGGCUGCUGAUAUUUUCAAAAUGACUGGCAAAAAAAUUUGAUACACUCACUCUGUGUGGGAAAAAUAUAUUUCUUUUUACCGCCAGGCAAUACCUUUCUAUCCUUCUGCAAUAAAAUGAGAAGCUCUUCCUGUUGAUAUACAUAUACAUACACAUCUAGAUAACCGCUAUGACCGUAACACCGCAGCAGGUCUGAAUGUCACCACGGCUGGACAUUCAUCUUACAAGGGCAUUGAAAUGUGAAAUAAACGUCUGGAAAUAC